GAGCGAUUUCUUUUCGGAUCGUUUGUUCUUAAUAAAAAUAUAAUUGCUCAAGUUUUUAAGUAAUAAUUGUUGCGUUACUUUGAUAUUUCAUCGCCAUAAGUAAACGUAUACGGUCAGUAAAUUGUUGUAAUUCAUUCAAUGAGUCACGUAAGUAACUAAUACAGUGCACUUGACCUCUUAUGUAUAACCUCUACGUAGAACCAAUUAAAUUAAUGGCCUUGUGUUUAAUAUUGACUUUUGACAUCUAAUUAAACGAAACUUUUCGAUAAAAAAGGAAUUAAAGAUUUAAGAAAAUUUCCCGACGAAGAUCGUUGGAAAUUUCCUGACUUAGAUGACACUUCAAUGUUAUGUGUGCGUUGUCGAUUCCGUGUCAAAGAAUAUAUUCCGCCGGCAUCAGAGGAAGAGGAAAUUAUUUCAAGUCAAAUUAGUGUUGAAAGUCUGAGUAUAUCAGCUGAAAUUUGUACUCAAGGAAGCAGUUUAUCUCGAACUGUCAGUAAUUUUAGCGACAAUCUAUGUGAUUACAAUGAUCAUUCUUUAGAGCGAUUUUUGAAAAUUCCUCUUAUUGAAAAAGACAGGUUAUAUUCUGAAAAAAAUUAUGGAGUAAAAAAACUUGAUGAGAGCUAUGCUGCCCUAGAGAAUAAGUUCCAAUCACAAUUUGGAAUAGUACCUGAAUCUACCUACAGAAAAAUUAAUCAAGAUCAUUGUUCCAUGAUAGCUAAAGUGAAGAAAUUAUAUAACGCUGAAAGUGACAAAUCAAUAAAAAAGAAGCUGCUUUCAAUUUUACCCGACAGUUGGGAAGUCAGUCGUAUAGCAUCUGAAUUUAACUGUUCUCGAAAAAUGGUACUGAAUCUUAAAAAUGAUAUCAGUGAAUCUGAGAAUGUUGAUUUAGACUCUGGUGAAAUGACUACUAAUACUUUGAAUCCCACAAAAGUUCCAGGCAAUCAGCCGCUUAAAUUAGAUGUAAAAAAACUUGUCAUUGAUUUUUAUGAAAGCGAAGAAAACUCAAAACAAUUAGCGGGCAUGAAAGAUUUUAAAUCUGUGAAGGAUUGUGAUGGAAAUCGAACUAGGGUACAAAAAAAGUUGAUUCUUUGUAAUUUAAAAGAAUUGUACCAAAGCUUCAAAGCGCAAUAUAAUUCAGUGGCAAUCGGAUUUUCUAAAUUCGCUAGUUUGAGGCCUACUUAUUGUAUUCUUGCUGGAAGUAGUGGUACACAUUUCGUAUGUGUUUGUACUAUUCAUCAAAAUGUGAAAUUGAUGUUAGAAGGAUGUAAUUUUCCAAAAUUUGCAAAAAAUACCGAUUGGGUUGUAGAAUCUCAGCCAAUUUACAAAAAUUUAUUAAAUAAAUUAGUUUGUAACAAUCCAAAAGAAUCGUGCUUUUCGUGUGUCGUUUAAUGAAUCUGAUGUUAAUGAAAUCCAAUAUAAAAUGUGGACAUCAACAGACCGUUGUACUAUUGUGAAUGUUACUUCAGAUUCCGAAGACUUCAUCGAGACUUUAGUGACGCAACUUGAUAAGCUUUUGAAACAUGAUUUUAUUGCGAAAACAUAAAGUCGAUUUUUUUCUGAUACAAAACUAAAUUUAAAGAGCGGGGAAUUCGACGUAGUAUUUGACUUUGCGGAAAAUUAUGCAUUCGUUGUGCAGGAAGCAGCUCAAGGCUUUCAUUGGAAUAAUGAUCAAGCUACUAUAUUUCCAAUGGUGAUUUAUUAUAACGAAAAUGAUACUAUUAAGCAUUUGAGCUUUGUUGGUAUUUCAGAUUGUCUUAAGCACGACACAGUUUUAAUUUAUUUAUUUCACGAGCAAUUGAUUGCCUUUCUUAAAAAGAAGUUUGCUGUCAUCAAUACGAUUUUUUACUUCUCAGAUGGAGCUCCACAACAAUUCAAAAACAAGAAAGCAUUUACAAACUUAUGUUAUCAUUAUGCUGACUUCGAAAUCAACGCUGAGUGGCAUUUUUUUUUGCAACUGCCCAUGGCAAAGGACCAUGCGAUGGUCUUGCGGGUUCAUUAAAACGAUAUGCUGCUAGAGCUUCAUUACAAAUGAACAAUAAAGAGCAUAUACUGAAACCACAAGAUUUUUUUUCCUGGGGAAUGAAAAAUUUUACAAGCGUUGACUUUACUUUUAUAGCUAAUGACGAUUAUUUAAUAAAAAAAAAAUGUGUUAGACGUACGAUAUUCUCAAUCGAAAACGGUGAAAGGUACACAGUCAUUACACACUUUUGUGCCUUUAAAAGAUGAAAUUGGUUAUGCUUUCAUUAAAACUGAGUCCACAUCUCAAAAAAGUUAAA